AUGUCAUGUGAGACCCACCGCCCCCCGUCCCAUUCGUCCUCCCCCAAUUCCACCACACAACGGUCCUCCGCUCGCUCUGCCCGUACCGUACUGUUCACAAGGGGGGAGGCGCCCGCGCGCAGGCCCGGCGCGCCGCUCUCGCUCGCGGGCGUCCUCGUCUCCAUCUUCCUCGUCGCCAUCUUCCUCUACAACGAGGACUCUGCCGUCGUCAAGGCCCCAAUCGCCGCCGACGCCGGCGCCGGGGACUUCCCGCUCGCCGGGGCCUCGCGCGCCAGGUCCGCCCCCGACCUCCACCUCCUCCACGAGGUCAACUCCCGCCCCCAGCAGCAGCAGCAAGAGGGGAGCGACGAGGAGGAGCGGCGUCGCCAUGUGGAGCAGGUGGAGAGCGGGAGGAAAGCGAGCGACAGCGACAGCAACAGGGUGGAUGCGCCCGCGAGAGCAGACAAGCGCGCCGCCCCGGCCAUGACGGCGACCACCACGCCUCCUCCCAGUCCCAGCAGCGGCGGCAACACCACCAGCAGCAGCAGCAGAGCAGCGGUGGCGGCGCCGGAGCCGCCGGCGUGCAACCUGUACCAGGGGUGGUGGACGUACGACGCGGAGGCGUCGCAGGUGCCGCUGUACCGGGAGCCGGAGUGCGAGUUCCUGACGGAGCAGGUGACCUGCAUGCGCAACGGCCGGCGCGACGACUCGUACCAGCGGUGGCGCUGGCAGCCCUCCUCCUGCGACCUCCCAAGGUUCGACGCGCGGGCGCUGUUGGAGCGGCUGCGGAACAAGAGGCUGAUGUUCGUGGGGGACUCGCUGAACCGGAACCAGUGGGAGUCGAUGGUGUGCCUGGUGUCGUCGGCGAUCCCGUCGCGCGCCCAAAAGUCCCUGGUCAAGUUCGUCGGGCCCAACGGGUCGCUCAACGUGUUCAGGGCGGCGGAGUACAACGCGACGGUGGAGUUCUACUGGGCGCCGUUCCUGGUGAGCUCCAACUCGGACGACCCGCAGGCGCACAGCGUGGCGGACCGGGUGAUCGCGUGGCGGUCCAUCGCCAAGCACGCCCGGCACUGGCGCGCCGCCCACUUCCUCGUCUUCAACACCUACAUCUGGUGGCUCAACAACUUCGAGAUGAAAGUGCUGAAGAAUCCGAGGGCGAUGCCGGAGAAGUACACGCUGGUGGACCGGCCGGUGGCGUACAAGGAGGUGCUCAAGACGUGGGCCAAGUGGGUGGACCGGCACGUCGACCCCGGCCGGACCAAGGUCUUCUUCAUGGGCAUGUCGCCCAACCACGGCGUGCCGGACGCGUGGGGCGGGGGGCCGGGAGCGAUCAAGUGCGCGAUGGAGACGCAGCCGAUCCUCAACCACACGGGCCCGCUCUACAUCGGCACCGACUGGCGGCUGCACGGCGCGGCGGAGGCGGUGCUGCGCUCCAUGCGCCGCGUGCCGGUGCACCUCGUCGACAUCACCGCGCUCUCCGAGUUCCGCAAGGACGCGCACACCUCCGUGCACACGCUGCGGCAGGGGAAGCUGCUGACCCCCGAGCAGCAGGCCGACCCGCGCACCUACGCCGACUGCAUCCACUGGUGCCUCCCGGGCCUCCCCGACACCUGGAACCACUUCCUCUACGCCCAGAUCGUCGCCGCGCCUCCGCCGGCGCAAGCGCAGCCCCUACUGCAGUCGUCGUCGUCGUCGUAG